UGCAAUUAGAUUAAAUGUAUACACGAAAGAAAUAAAAAAUGUCUUUAGAUCAAACAGUGUGUGAAGAUCUGAAAGCUUUUGAAAGACGUCUUACUGAAGUGAUUGCUAGCUUGCAACCUGCUACUCUGCGAUGGAGAAUGCUUUUAGGUUUCAUUUCUAUUUGCACUGCUAUUGGUGCAUGGCAUUGGUUGACAGAUCCAAAUACACCAGCUGUAUCAUUUACACAAAGUCUAUGCAACCAUCCAUUCUUUGCAAUUGCUAGCAUUAUUUUAGUGAUAUUAUUUAUGAUGGGAGUUCACAGACGAGUAAUAGCACCAAGUAUUAUAACUCAGAGAGCUAGAAGUGUUCUUGGUAAUUUUAAUAUGAGUUGUGAUGAUACUGGAAAGCUCAUUCUUAAGCCAACAAGGUCAAGACAUCAUGAAACUUAA